UGGCGCUUCGCGAUGUCUCGUGGUCGUUUGAUUUGCCAAUAUCAGGUGCAGCCACGGAGUUUCUAGCACGCGUCAAACGCGUCUCAUCAGUUAGGAGGCCACUACAGAGAGCCUCUGUUUGAUUUUGGAGCUGCGAAGAAGGCAACAAAGAUGCCUGGGAAGUGAUGGACACGAGGCUGGCAACCGGCUGGAAGGGAUCAACAGUGUAUGGACGAGCAAGAGAGCCUGGAGAUAGAGGUGGACUGUCCAAAGAGCCCUCACAUUGCCCCUGUACGAUGGGUGGGUAUGGAACUGGAGGGUAGUUCAUCGUAGGGGGUCCAGGGCGGAAGCAAGUUGUUUGUUUGCUCCCUGUUUGCUCUUGUCCUUAUCCCGUCAAGAUGAACGAUAACGAAGAUGCGCGCUUCGCAUCCCCGAUGGAUUCUCAGCCGUCAUCUCUACAAUCCAAAUGGCUAGUGCAUAUUGAAGUGCGCUUAAAGCCAGAAUCUACGGCUCGUUUUGAUACCAUUGCCACUUUCGUUCGCCAUCAUUUAGAACAGGAUGAACAGAUAUAUCUUCCUUCGUGUGUCGGAGGUUGGGACUCCCAUCCAGUGCUUGGUCAAAACGUAGAGUUCAUGAAGGCAACAGAGAGCACGUGCCCUCAUCGGGUUUUGCGCGUUGAAGACGCGGUGUUGGACGUGCAUGUUUACCAACCCUCCGAGGCUGACGCCUUUGAAGAGCUGAGUAGUGGAGGAAGAGGGGAUGGCGAUGAUAACGUGGCUGCCACUGUCUGCGAUCUUCCUAACCACAGUUUCGAAGGCCUCUGGGACAGUCUCAUGUACCCAGAUGAUAUCAAGCCGAGAUUGUUAAACUACAUAUACGCUACCUUUCUGUUCUCCGAUGCUAACGUGAAUUCAAACCUUGUGGCAUGGAAUCGCAUCGUCUUGCUGCAUGGCCCACCAGGCACAGGUAAAACGUCUUUGUGCCGAGCCCUUGCUCAGAAGCUAUCCAUAAGAUUAUCAUUGAGAUACUCACAUGCGAAGCUUGUCGAAGUGAACGCCCAUUCCUUAUUCUCGCGAUGGUUCUCCGAGUCAGGGAAAUUAGUUCAAAAGUUAUUCCAAGGGAUAACAGAAAUGGUGGAUGAUGAAGAUACAUUUGUGGUCGUAUUGAUUGAUGAGGUAGAAAGCCUGACAUCUGCACGAGCAAGUGCCGUGGCUGGGAAUGAGCCUUCAGAUGCUAUACGCAGUGUCAAUGCCCUCUUGACACAACUAGACAAACUGAAGCAUUACAAGAAUGUCCUCAUCAUGUCAACUUCCAACCUCUCCUCCGCAAUAGAUUCGGCAUUCAUUGACCGGGCUGAUGUCGUGCAAUACGUAGGAUUGCCGCCUCAGGAUGCAAUCUACUGGAUAAUCAGCUCUUGUCUGAGCGAGUUGAUGAGGACGCGGAUUAUUAAGCAUGUAGACAUCCCUGACGCGAAGUUAGCAGAGGACUACUCUCGUACUGCCGCUAUGAAAUUUGACAACCCGUCGAAAGAACGCGAAAGGCGAACUGCGGUAGAUUUAUGGCUCCUCGCCGCGAAGUGCAAGGAAAUGUCCGGCCGCUCACUACGUCGCCUUCCUGUGCUGGCACAUGCACGACAUAUCGGGAUGAGCGCCUUGAUUUCAGAUUGUGGAGAGCCAGGCCUAGACGUGGAUCUGUGGCUGGCGGCCAUGAAGAAGAUCGUGGAUGAAGAGGUGACAUCUCGUUCAACGAAUCUUGCUUCCGAUGCUUCCAAGCUUCCGCAAAAGCCAACUGAUGUAUUGGGAAAGGCAUGCUGACGGGGUGCAGGUUUGGGGCAUUUAGCCAUCCCGUUUGAUGGACUGCGAAAAAUGCUGAUACAAUGAUUGUACAUUAUUUCAAGUCAUUUUAAUAAGGGCGGUGUCUUG